CAACCAGUCAAUUAGUCUGCCAUGGAUGCACCAGUCUCCAUAGGCCAGAGCCUCAUGAGCAAGCACCUGCAUCGAUCCAAUGAGAAAUACAAUGUUUUACGAGCUUUCAUCUCUCGUUUUAGAAAGCUUCUUGUAGGAAAGGAGAAUAAUGCUGGACCACGAUCCGAGGCAGAGGAGAGAGUCCACUCAUGGAUUCAAGCUUUGGCCAGAUCUGAGAAGAGCUUAACAUUUGAAUACGUCCAGUCUACUGAAAGAGGAUUGAGCUUCAAGGAAGCAGAAAGGAGAUUGCUGGAAGGUGGACAAAAUAUUCCCAUUGAUCAUAAUUUUCCUAGCUGGUGGCAGCUCUGGUGCACUGCUUUUAUACAUCCUUUUAAUAUUAUUCUUAUCAUCAUGGCUACACUUUCAUUCUUGGCAUCUGAUAAUGCCAAUGGAAUCAUUAUGCUCAUACUAGUUAUGCUAAGCGUAGGCAUCCGAUUCCACCAGGACUAUAAUAGUUCAAGAGCUGCCAUGAAACUCUCCGAACUUCUGAGAUCACAGAUCAGAGUUCAGAGAUGUGCCGGAAAAGUCAUUCAGACAGAACUAGUAGUACAAAUUGACUACAGAGACAUAGUGCCUGGUGACAUUAUCCAUUUUAGCCCAGGGGAUCUCUUUCCUGGUGAUGUAAGACUAGUGACAUCCAAAGACCUGAUUGUGAGUCAGUCUUCCUUAACAGGCGAGUCAGGAACAACGGAAAAAGUAGCAGAUAUCAUAGAAGAUCCAAGCACUCCCUUGCUAGAGCUAAAAAAUAUCUGCUUUAUGGGAACAAGUGUGGAAUCUGGGUGUGGAACCGGAUUAGUCAUAUCAACAGGUUCAAGAACAUAUAUGAGUACAAUAUUUUCCACAAUGGGACAAGAGAAACAUACAGAUGCCUUUGAAAAUGGCCUUCGGUGUGUAUCCUAUGCACUUGUUUGCAUCAUGGUUCUGGUAGUCCCAAUAAUAAGUUUAACUGAUUACUAUGCAUCUCAUAAUUUGGGAGAGAGUGUUAUAUUUGGGAUCUCUGUAGCAGUAGCACUGACACCACAAAUGUUACCUCUUAUUGUGAACACAAAUCUUGCAAAAGGAGCCAUUGCAAUGGCCAAAGACAGAUGCAUAGUUAAGCGACUAUCUACCAUACAACACAUGGGAGCUAUGGAUAUUUUGUGCAUCGACAAAACAGGAACACUAACAACGAAUCGUAUCAUAAUGGUACAUCAUAUGGAUAGUUGGGGGUUUCCAAAUGAAAGAGUACUAAGAUUUGCAUUUCUAAAUUCUUACUUCAAAACUGAAGCUAAUAGUCCUAUAGAUGAUGCAAUUCUUGCUUAUGCAUAUACAAAUGGGUACAGAUUCCAGGCAUCAAAAUGGCGAAUGAUAGAAGAGAUUCCUUUUGAUUUUGUAAGGAGAAGGAUGUCUGUAAUUAUUGAGAGAGAUCUAGACAGCAUAUGGGAUGAACAAGGCUCCUAUUUUGAUACAACCAAAUAUGUCAUAACAAAGGGGGCACUUGAAGAAGUUUUAAGUAUUUCUACCUUGAUCGAGGACAUUGAUAAAGGAGUAAAUUUGACCUUGACUCCCAAAGAUCGUGAAGUUGUCCUCCAAAAGAGUGAAGAACUGAGUAAUGAUGGAUUGCGAGUCCUCGGAGUAGCUAUGAAAAGGGAAAACACGAUAAUUAAAAGUGGGCCUACCAAAUAUUCAGCACUAGAAUCAGACAUGGUUUUCCUUGGCCUCAUCUCCUUCUUUGACCCACCAAAAAACUCAGCUAAGCAAGCACUGUGGCAACUAGCAGAGAAGGGAGUAAAAGCAAAGGUGUUAACGGGUGACUCACUGUCUCUAGCCAUUAAGGUCUGUAAAGAAGUUGGCAUCAGAACAACUCAUGUGACAACUGGCCCAGAUCUUGACAUUCUUGAACAUACUGAGUUUCAUGAGGCUGUUAGAAGAGCCACAGUGCUGGCUCGUCUUACACCAACUCAAAAGCUUCGGGUAGUUCAGUCACUGCAGAAAGUAGGAAACCAUGUCGUUGGAUUUUUGGGUGAUGGAAUAAAUGAUUCCCUUGCAUUGGAAGCUGCAGAUGUUGGAAUUUCAGUUGACUCCGGAUCAAGUGUAGCAAAGGAUCUAGCCGACAUUAUACUACUCGAGAAGGAUUUAAAUGUUCUUGUCUCAGGUGUUGAACAUGGUAGGCUGACCUAUGGAAACACAAUGAAAUACAUAAAAAUGUCUUUGGUUGCUAAUAUUGGAAGCAUUAUCUCUCUCUUUAUAGCGACUAUGUUCAUACAAUUUGAGCCACUCAGUCCCAGACAGCUUCUGACUCAGAAUUUUCUCUACAAUCUAGGCCAAAUUGCAAUUCCAUGGGACAAGGUAGAUGACGGAUAUGCAAAGGUUCCUCAGGGAUGGUCUGCAACAGAACUACCAGUUUUCAUCCUAUGGAAUGGGCCAGUUUGUUCGAUAUUUGAUAUUGGCACCUUCUUAUUCCUUCGUUUUUAUUAUGAAGCAGACCAAGUUUCAGAUUCUGAAUUUUUCCAUUCUGCUUGGUUUAUUGAGGGUCUUCUUAUGCAGGCUCUUAUCAUCCACAUGAUUAGAACAGAAAAAAUUCCCUUCAUACAGGAUAUGGCAACAUGGCCUGUGGUUUUCUCAACCAUAACAAUUUCUGCUAUCGGGAUCAUAAUUCCAUUUAGUCCCAUUGGUAAACUUAUGGGACUAAUGAACCUUCCACUAUCAUAUUUUGGUUUCUUAGUAGUGCUUUUUCUUGGAUACUUUUCGCUUGGGCAAAUUGUCAAGAGGAUAUAUAUACUCAUUUACAAACGAUGGCUUUAAAAGUGAGUCCAUAGUUCUGUACAUAAAAAUUUAAGGCUGCUGACACAUGAGGAAUCGACUUCAGUUUUA